UUUCGAUGUUAUUGUUCCAGGACCGAAUUUUGUCAGCUCGUUUGCGUACGAAGAUUACGUCUUCUUCUUUUAUCGAGAGACUGCCGUCGAGUACAUGAACUGUGGCAAGGCGGUGUACUCGCGGGUCGGUAGAGUGUGCCAGCACGACAAGGGCGGACCUCAUGCGUUCAGCGACAGAUGGACGAGCUUCCUGAAAGCGAGGCUCAACUGUUCCGUACCUGGCGAAUACCCUUUCUAUUUCAAUGAAAUACAGUCAACGAGCGACGUCACGGAAGGUGUUUACGCCGGCGAGCGUGCCCGAUUGGUUUACGGGGUGUUCACCACCCCGGUAAACUCGAUCGGUGGCUCGGCCGUUUGCGCGUUCUCCAUGAAGAACGUCCUCGAAGUCUUCCAGGGUGCGUUCAAGGAACAGGAGACCAUAAACAGCAAUUGGCUGCGAGUACUUCCGGAGAAGGUGCCGGAGCCUAGGCCCGGUGCAUGCGUGAACGACUCCAGGACACUUCCAGACGUGACCGUAAACUUCGUGAAAGCGCACCCACUCAUGGACGACGCGGUCCAAUCUUUCUUUGCAUUACCUGUGAUAACCAAAGUCAGCUUCAAUUACAGAUUUACCAAAGUCGCCGUGGAUUCCCAAGUGAAGGCGUUGGACGGCAAGGCCUACGACAUCCUGUACGUCGGAACAGACGACGGCCGAGUUCUCAAAGCGCUCAAUACACGCGCGCCUGACUCCGUGAGCAACGUUAGCCAGGUCAUCGUCAGCGACGUUCAAGUACUCAAGUACG